CCAACGGUCAGGAUGCUUGCCGUCAAGUUUUGAUUUUCGAGAAGAACCAAGAACUACGGUACCAGAGCCGAACCGGGUACGACAACAUGUACAAGAAGUUCCGUGAGGUUCCCUUGCAUUCAGAUCAUUAAGACCGCCACUGUCCCUGCAAGUCUCUGCAACAGAGAGAGCACCAAGCAGUUCCAUAUCUCCAAGAUCAAGUUCCCUCUUGUUUUCAGGAAGGUCAGACCACCAAAUAGGAAGCUCAAGACUACAUACAAGGCUUCAAAGCCAACCUUUUCAUGUAAAACCAGUCUUUGCAUGAUUCUCUACUCAUCCUUGUCAACCAGGGAUCAGAAUCUAGAGUGAGUGAGAGAAAUAGAGAUGUCUUUACCAGUAGUAGCAGUAGCUUUGAUGGUGGUUUUAGCAGCUGUGUUGAUAAGGGUUGUGAACUGGGUGUGGAUAACACCAAAGAAGCUGGAGAGGUACCUGAGAAGACAAGGUCUCCAUGGAACUCCUUACACGCCUCUUGUAGGAGAUAUUAAGAGAAAUGUUAAAAUGUUGAUGGAGGCAAGAUCAGAACCAAUUACUCCAACAGAUGAUAUCAUCCCAUAUCUCCUUCCUCUUGCCUUGAAGAUGUUCAACUCUCACGGAAGGACCUUCUUCAUGUGGACUGGACCUAUUCCAACGAUCAUGAUAACGAAUCCAGAGCAUAUCAAAGAGGUCUUCAGUAAAACUUACGACUUUGAAGCGACUGUUUCAUCACCUUUGGUCAAACUGUUAGUAGGCGGGCUCGCCAGCUACAAGGGAGAUAAGUGGGCGAGACACAGGAGGAUCAUCAACCCUGCUUUCAACCUCGAGAAGAUCAAGAACAUGGUCCCUGCGUUCUACCAUUGUUCCAGCGAGGUUGUGUCCCAAUGGGAGAGACAAGAAUCGUCAUGUGAGGUCGAUGUUUGGCCUUGGCUUGUGAAUCUGACCGCGGAUGUGAUCUCGCAUGCUGCUUUUGGAAGCAGCUAUAGAGAAGGACAGAGGAUAUUUGAGCUCCAAGGUGAACUAUCUGGAAUCAUUUCACAAGAGCAUAAGAAACCUUACAUCCCUGGAAUGAGGUUUUACCCAACAAAGAACAACAAGAGGAUGAAAGCAAUAGACA